AUGCCUGUGGUUGAGGACAAGCUGUUCCUGGAGAAAUAUGGAUACUUCAGUGAGCUGGGGCCUGGCACACACAGCCCUGCUGAGUUCACCCAGGCCCUGAGGGCUUUCCAGCAGGUCACCCACCUGCCCCCCAGCGGGGUGCUGGACGCCCCCACGCUCCAUCAGAUGGCUCUGCCACGGUGUGGCACCGGCGAUGGGGAGAGCCAGGCUGGCCAGGCAGGGCGGGCAGGCUCCGCCCCGCGCCGCAGGCGCACCACGCACCACGGGGGCAGGUGGCACAAGAGGCAGCUGAGCUACCGGCUGGUGAACUGGCCGCCGUACCUGCCGCAGCACGAGCUGCGCCUGGCCGUCAGGGCUGCCUUCCAGCUCUGGAGCAACGUCUCAGCCCUGCUCUUCUGGGAGGUGUGGGACGGCCCCGCGGACAUCCGCCUCACCUUCUUCCACGGCGACCACAACGACGGCCGCGGCAACGCCUUCGACGGACCAGGAGGUGCCCUGGCUCAUGCCUUCUUCCCGCGCCGGGGGGAGGCUCACUUCGACAGCGCCGAGCGCUGGUCCCUGCGCAGCGGCAAAGGACGAAACCUCUUCGUGGUGGUGGCUCACGAGGUUGGCCACACCCUGGGGCUCCAGCACUCCCCUGCCAAGAGUGCCCUGAUGUCCCCCUACUACAAGAAGCUCGGCAAGGACUUUGUCCUCAGCUGGGAUGACAUCUUGGCUGUCCAGAACCUGUAUGGGAAGCCUUCCAAGGGCUCAGCCAUCCAGCUCCCGGGAAAGGUCUUCACUCACUUCCAGGACUGGAGCUCAGGUCCUUACGGCGCAGACCAGCAGCAGGGGAGCCUCAGUGCCUAUUACUGCCACUCCUUCUUUGAUGCCAUAACUGCUGAUGCAGAUCACACCCUCUACAUCUUCAAGGGCAGCCACGUCUGGGUGGUGCCAGCGAGUGGCAAUGCCAGUGACCCGCAGCGCCUGGAGAGCCGCUGGCCUGGCCUCCCUGCCAGCAUCGAUGCCGCCACCUGGUCCCAGCUCAGUGGCAAGUUCUACUUCUUCAAAGGUGGGCGCUGCUGGUGCUACAGAGGCUCCAGGCUGGAGCCAGGCUUCCCGCAGAAGUGCAGCGCCCGCGGGCUGCCGCGGCACCCCGACACCGUCCUCUAUUUCCAGCAGCUGCGGCGCCUGGUCCUCUUCAAAGGCUCCAAGUACUUCGUGGUGAGCGAGGAGACCCUCAGCGUGGAGCCCUACUACCCGCGCAGCCUGCGAGACUGGCAGGGCCUGCCCCCGGGCACCGCGGGGGCCCUCACCCGCCGCGACGGCUUCCUCUACUUCUUCCGGGACGAUCAGUACUGGCAGUUCGACCGGGCAAAGCUGCGGGUGGUGGCCACUGGCAAAUGGGCUGCCCAGCUGCCCUGGAUGGGCUGCUGGGAUGCCAACGCCGGGCAGGUCCUCUUCUGA